GGAAACCAAAACGACAGCGCUUCCCUAUUGUGGAAUUAAAUUACAGAAGAUAUAAUUGGUGCCAAAGACAACAAUUUCCUCUACAACCAAAACGCGAAGGUAAUCAUCAGAAAUCUUUCAACAGAGAUCUUGAUCUUGAGAAUUAGAAGAAAGUAUGUCUUCACUUGCAGCUGCUAGAGCAGACAAUUUUUACUAUCCUCCAGAAUGGACACCAAAUCAGGGUUCUUUGAACAAGUUUCAUGGUCAACAUGCUUUGAGGGAGAGAGCAAGAAAAAUAGAUCAGGGCAUUUUGGUUAUAAGGUUCGAAAUGCCUUUCAAUAUAUGGUGUGGUGGCUGCAAUUCUAUGAUAGCAAAGGGUGUUCGGUUCAAUGCAGAAAAGAAACAAGUGGGAAAUUAUUAUUCUACGAAGAUAUGGAGCUUUUCCAUGAAAUCGGCAUGCUGCAAACAUCAGAUUGUUAUCCAGACGGAUCCAAAGAACUGUGAAUAUGUUAUUAUUAGCGGUGCCCAGCGGAAGAUUGAGGAGUUUGAUGUUGAGGAUGCUGAGACUCUUGAACUCCCUGCAGAUGAAGAAAAGGGUAAGCUUUCAGAUCCUUUUUAUCGUCUUGAGCACCAGGAACAGGACAUGCAGAAGAAAAAACAAGCGGAGCCAGUACUAGUGAGCCUUCAGAGAGUUUCUGAUGCCAGGCAUUCAGAUGAUUAUGCUCUCAACAAGGCUCUCAGGGCUAAACUUAGAUCUCAAAAGAAGAGAGUUGCUGAAGAAGAGGCCUCUUCAAGGAAACUGGGUCUUGGCUUACGACUGCUACCAAAAAGUGAAGAAGAUGCUGCUGUUGCAGCAAAUGUGAGGUUUUCUUCCAAGUUUGAAAAGAAUAGGAAGGAUAAACGAGCAUUGAUUAAAGCUGCUUCAAUAUUUCCCGAGCCAUCUGGGUCUUCCAUGUCAAAUAAGAAACGGCUGGAGCUUGAAGCAAAGCGAAGGAAAAUUUGUGCAGGUGCAGCAUCCAACUUGCUCACAAGAGCAUUUAAACCAUCAUCAUGGUCUCAAAGUCCUAUGCCGUCAAGCAGACAUAGGGGUACUUCAGUUUCAGCAAGACGGUUCUAAGUGACAAAUUUCCUAGAAUUUAAGAUUCUUGGCAGGGCUACUGGUGUGGGUUAUGUGCUGUUUGCUUUUGCCUAAAAUUGGCGUUGAAGGAUGUACAGAUAUAAAUCUAUCGCUUGUAAUCUUUUCUAUAUUUACCGGUUCAUAGCAUUUUGAUAGUAAUAUUUGCUGGUUUUGUGCUUGAUUUUCUUUUUAUUAA